CACCCACCCAACCAGCCCCGGUAUUUGGUCUGUGUGUUCCCAUAAAAUCAAAAUAAAAGAAGAAGGUCGCAUCCCAGAAUGAAGAAACCUCUCGGCUUAUAGGCGAGGGUUAUGUCGAACGAAUCCCUUCGCCAUCGUGGAUCAUCAGACCCUGAUAACAAGGCCAAAUCAACAAUGGACUUGGAAGGCGAGCCUCCAAUCCCUGAGGAGAUCCCUCUUCAUCGCACCCCUUCCCGUCAAUCCCCACCUCGGGAUGAAUCCGGAUAUUUUGGGUUCAGCCAGCGAUCCACGUUGCUCAUGGCCAUUGGCUGUGCGGUGAUCGUGGUUGGGAUCGCUUGGACCGCUUUUGCAGUCUUGAUCAAGGUGGCCAUUAGCGCCUACGAAUCGGAAUGAAGACGCAUCGUUUGAAUUGUAGACGCAUCGUGAUUGCACUCUCCAUUAACUGCUAGGAUAUAUGUGUUUAACUAGUUCAUUGCGUUUCGGCUGGGCCAAGUGAUAUAUGUAAUCCAAUUCUUUAAGGCAAAGGAUCUCUCCCCUUCCCCUCCUCCCAAGUUUCCGGUGCUAAAAUACAACGAUUUGAUUCAAAACGACGAAGAGGAUUUCGAAAUCGGAGCAAACACUCGCGACUUGAUCGUGAAGACGUUGGAAAAGCGAUUCGUUCCCUCAAAAGAUCUUCCCAUAGCAAGUUCCAAUUGAAAUAGAUGUACAUGUUCUACGUUCUCCGGUCGCUUUCUCUUGAACGUGGAUGACACCGACAAAAACGACGAAGACUUCUCUACAAAGACCCACCUCAAUCCCUAGCAGAAUUUUUUUGUUCUCUCGGGGACCGCACGAACGAAAGUUCAUGAAGAAGGCGAAGACGACAAAGUCACUUACAAUCAACCCAGGUCACACUCACACCCAAUGGCUUCGUCCCCUCAAAUCGACCCAAGGAAGACUUGCAUGAGAUGGAAACACGUGCCUAGAAUAGACACACCCAAGAUGACUCGGGUGUCGAACCAUUCAAGAGAGAUGGACAUCUCAUGGGAGGACACCCCAUCGGGCCAUGUUUUCGUGUUCCACAAAAGACCACCAUGUGAUCUGAUGAGGACAUGUUCGUCAAGACUCGUGUCCGAUUGUUCGCGAGGAACCCAGGAUUUGGAUAGUUCCAUCCACUUUGGGUUUUCCUCGCUCGACCUCAACUUGCCAUCUUUCUACACGAACUUGGAUAGAGAGAAACAGAGAACGAGAGGCAUGAGCAAAAUGGAGCGAGGAGUCAAAUUUGGAAACAUGUCUCACUACGUAUGUACGUCCGUAUCGUGGGUAGGUAUGUAAGUGGACGAGUAGUAGUACUAAUAGCAGAAGUAGUGCUAGUACUUGUGGCCCUGUUACGAAUCCUAAACUGUGCCUGGAAGCAAGACACAGACAGGAUCUAAGAGGAGGCUUGUGUCAGGUCGCGGUCACACCUGGGUCGCUGAGCCGGUGGGUCGAAGAAGCUCUCCAACGAUGUUCCAGCCUUCCAAGUGUGGGAUGUAUGGACUCUUCUUUUGCCCCGACAAGAAGAGAUGAUGAUGAUCUUCUUCUUCUUCGUCUUCUUCAGCUCAUCUCCUCGGCCUUCUUUUCUGAUGAUCUCGUGGGCCACCUCAAAAAGUCUUCUCUGGAUGAUGAGGAGAAGACUCAGGAAGAGGACGGUAGGGAGAAUGAGGAUCAGGAGAAGGAGGAGGAGGAAAAGAAGACAAGGAGGAGGAGAGACUUUCCAACUCAAGAACGGAGAGGAGUAGAAGUGUUCCUUUGGCUAGGCAGAGGAUUUCAAAUGAUCACUGGAGCAGUUCCAAAUUUCUUGCCAACUUCAGUGUGAGCUCAAGAAAGGUAGUCGGGGGAAGGAAGACGGCUACAACUACUACAACUACAACUACUACUAGUUCGACUACUACUACGACGAGGUCUACCUAAGUCUCGAGAUCAAGCGGACCUAGUACUCUGUGAAUGCCAACACUUUGGGCCAUUCGUGGGGAAGAGUGCCACGGACCUGGACAACUAAACGAAUAAUUCCUCGUCAAAUCUGUUGCUCAAAAAAUAUACGUUGUUAACCAUAAAUUCAAUCAAUCUCGUCCAAUGAGUGUUUCAUCCACAAGUGUACGCCACGCUUGCCAUGGAUGGCUUAACAUCGAUGGUUGUUACCAGUGCCCACCAUGAGUCUCGAUCUCACAGUGAAAGGAAGACCCUCCGUGAACUCACCCGUGAUCUCGCCCUCGUCCGUUGAGUCAAACCGGGAUGACAAUUAUUUGAAAGCUUACCCCUAUCUUUUCGUGAGAGACUCGAAUCAGUCGGACUACUUCUGCACUCUUUGUGAUAACUACGUGCCCGAAAGCGAGCUCCAUUCCCACUUGUUCGAGAGCCACAAGGCCGAGGAUAUUGAGGGCUCGUUUGUCAGAAUUUGCUCCGAGGAAGCCAACCGAGGUUACUUUAUCCAACGUCAGUUCCUCAAUGUCUGCAUAAUCUGUUGGGCCAAGAUCCCCAAGCUGCAACAUACUGACAAGCAUCGAGUCGAAUGCAAGCCGCCUUUGUCAAGGAAUGAGGAGUCGCCGCCUUAUGAUUCUAUUAAAAUUGAAAGCACCCCAGAUAUCAGCAGUCUUCUUAACCACAACCAGACCGACAUGAAUGGUCAUGGCUUGAACGGGAACUCCAUGGGUGGUGGGUCCCCUUACCAUCACUCCAAUCUAGUCAUCGAUAUCCCCGAGGAAUCCAAUCCCUCAGGGAAUGAAGGCUCCAUGCCAAUCAAACGAGGCAGGAAGAAAGCAAAUCCACCCCAUCACAUUAUGCCCUCCGCUCAAUUCUCACCUCAUUGUGUCCAGUGUUCGCUCUGUUCCAUGAUGGUGCCCACGCCCGGGUUUGUGGUGCAUCUCCGAGACUUCCACAAAAUUACUUGCCAACUUGUUGAUACCACAUGUCCUUUGUGCCUUGGGAUGGUGCCGGUCCUGGAUCUGGCCAACCAUCUCGCCAACGCCCACGGUCUCGUUCCGCAGGCAGCAGUGAACUCCAUUUUACUUUGGGUACUCUCCUCUAGUACAUUAUCGCUCAACGAAUUUGCCAAGCCGCACUUGGGACCCAACAGAUUUGGUCCACCCAUUCCUCAUCCUCACCACAACCAUAACCCAGUCAUUGAGUUGGACCUUCAGAAGACCAUGGGUAUUGGGAUGCCACCUCUAAUGAAACGUCCGCCCGCAUCCAUGCCAGGGGGAUCCGAAAUCCUGUCCAAUAGCGUACCCCAUCGAAAUGAGAAAGCUCAAAUCCCAACCGUCCUACAGGUCUUGCUCAACAAAUCCGAUGACCAGCCACGUAUGGCUGUUGAGACAAUUGUCAGCAAAUUUAUCUCCGUCCAAGUUGGGGCCAACAACAAAGAGUCCAUUCAAUGCCAAGUUUGUUCCAAGUGGUUUGGAAUUCCUCCCGUGAAACACCUAAAAGCCCAUUUGCUCAACUUCAAGGAAGACAAGAAGUGCAUCGUGUCCUUAAUCAACGGUCUUCACGUUUGUAUCAUUUGUUAUGACACCUUUGACACCAUUUCAUCUGCCAACGAUCAUUUGUCAAAGAAGCAUGACCUCGGCUUCGAUUUCGACGACAAAAGGUCGGUGGACCAUUACCCGUCCAAAGAUCCCAACGAGAGCAAUGAACCAAAAGAAAAGCCCAAGAAAGUCGAAUUAGACAAUGCGGGUCGCGUCAAAUCAGGCAAAGUGAGAAAGCAGUGCGAACUCUGUGGAGAGUGGUCGAACAUCAAAUGGUUCUUUAAACAUAUGUCAGAAGUUCAUCAAGCUCUGUUUUGCCGUUGCUGUAGGGAGUACUUACCAAUACAUGAGCACGAGGAACACAAGAAAUGGCAUGCCGAGCCACCCUAUAUGGGGCAAAAGAUCCGUAUAGAACAAGGCCAACCCGUAGUGAUUGACCGCAAAGAGAGGGCAAGUUUGACACCCAUCGGUUCGUUGGCGGCGUGGGGAGGAUCCUCAGGAGGAAAAGUGGUCAAGGCUGUCGACUUAGGACCGUCCAAGGCCACAACCAAAAAAAGGAAGGCCAGCUCCGUGUCCAAAAUUCAAAGCAAUGCCAACCAGCUCAUUGGACAUGUGGAUUACACAGGGGGCCCUCCCGCCAAGCUAAUGAACAAUAACUCUACCAAAGAUACUCUCAUGCCCAAGGAGACCUGCCCGGUAUGCGGCAUUCAGAUUACUUACAAAAACUUGGCGAGACAUAUCAAGCUCCGGCACAAGAUCAAGUACAAAUUCUGUCACAAGUGCCGGAAAUUGGUGCCUAACACUACUUAUGACGACCACAAAUUGGCUUGCGAGAGAAAUGAGGUGGGCACAGAUCCAGACCUUGUGGACGACCCCUCAGGGGAGGAAGAUACCAAAGAUGAUAUCAUUGAUCCCACGGAGUUUCUUGAUACCACCACCGAUAUCGAUCAAGACGAUAUUGCCGCCGAGGACUCGCCAACGGGCGAUGGACGAAAACCUGACGACUUCAGAGCCAACACGAGCAAGACCAAACUGGAAAGUUUGUUGGGGAAAGAGUUCAAACAUCCGCGGCGCCGUUGCGCCAUCUGUGGCUACACGGUGUCCUAUUCAAACUUUAAGCGCCAUCUUCGAAACGCUCACCCAAGUCAGUACGAGGAUUGCGAAAAGGAUCCCAAUGAAUUCAAAAAGGCUCUGGCCUCGCUCUGCGAAGUGGUCGCAGGCGAGGAUGGCUCCUUCGUCGGUCACAUCAUGGAUGAGGAUGACGAAGAAGAGGAAAUGGAUUCCCUUGAUGGGAACGACAAAUCAGUCGACGGGUUAUCUGACGGAGAAACCGACCCACAAGAGACCAUCUGCCCGGUUUGCGAGGUGGAGAUCCCCAUUUCGGACAUGGAAGAUCAUUGCCUCUCCAAGCAUAAAGAGGCCUAUCAAUGGUGCGCCGACUGCAAGAAGUACGUGGUGAAGAAGACCUUCGCCGCCCACUUAAAGAACCACGACGAAUCCGAAGAAGAUCGGAGUUCCAGCCGCCAAUCCGAAGAAAUUGGACAAGAAGUAGAAAAUGAAGAGGAUGACGAUGAUGCAUCAUCCUCGACAAUGGCUAAUGCCUCGGAUAAGGAUUGAGAUUUGUUUUGUUUGAUUAGUUAGACUGCCUGUCUGGCCUUUGAUUUAACAAUAACUAGUUGUUUUGCAAGUCCAAAUAAAAUGCUUUAGAGUUGA